AUGCACAACCAAGCGAUGUUGCUAUCUAUCCCCCAAAUCACCAUCGUUACGGUCGUCCUAAAAGUGCCUGUUCAAAGCAUUUAUGUCCUUGGGGGGAGAGGCUCGAUUUGUGACCCGAUAGCCAAGCUCAAACUGUGGACGAACACUCCUUCAAUGGAUGCCCGCGAAAAGCGAGGGUGCUGGCAGUCGACAAACGAUUGUUCGCGGUGGCUUCGAAAAAAUGUUGCCCCGAUGGUCAAUUUCCUCUCGUCAUUCCGAUUGAUCGAAGCAUUUUGUUUCCAAAAUGCCUGCCUGGUGAUUACGCUCGAAGAGCGGGUCGAACUACAGAGGCUCGCGAUCGUUGAAAAGAUCUCUGGAGUGAAUCCGUCAGGAUACAAUAGUUGUUCCAGAAAGCCUUCUUGUGGCGAGUACAAGAGUUCCUCCAGUUCAUGGCCAUGGGAUCUUGUCAAGUGCGAUCAUGGUCCUUCGUGGAUUAGCUGCUGCAGCACCGCCUUCAAAGGCCAUCUUUGA